CCGGCAUCCUAUGUAUAUUGUUGUUAUUUUCCAGCAAGACGGAACCAUACACACGACCGGGUGUACAGGCUUCAAUAGGAACGAUUGAAAUCGACACCGUCACCGUGUGUACAAACACGCAAGACUCAAUUACGGUUCAUAUAUAUAUUGACAGAAGAUGUCUUUAUCAAAAUAUGUAUCGACCCGAGAGAAAACGAAUUUCGCCCGCUUAGCCAUGAUUGUAUUUGGUCCUUGCACUGAUGUGCUGCGUGAUGUACUAAUGAAAGAGAUACAGCCCACAGACUUGCGCAAUAAACUAAAAUUAUUUAUUUCCAAUCACCCUAAAAACAUGAUACCACCUAUCAACCAACAACAAGUGCAGCUAGUUUAUACUUGCGAUUAUUCAACAUUUGACAUCACAUUGUUAUGCACGCUAUUACGUAAUGUAUCUAGAAUCCAAUCGCAUUCGACUAGACGGGGAAAUAAACCAAGACGAGGAUAUAGCAGUGUAUCAGCAAACAUUGAACGCCUUCGUGAAAUAAGAAACAAAUACUGCGCCCAUUCAGCGAAUGGUUCUCUUUCAGACUUUGAUUUUAAUGAAAUAUACAACGAAAUUCAUCAAAUAGUGCAGAAACUUGAGGAUUACUUAGGAACCUCAACAAUUCAUCAAAACAAAGUGUCCAAUCUUAGAUAUUGUGUAUUGGACCCAGCUAUUGAACAGGCAGUUGACAAACUGCAGGAGACUGUUUUUGUGUUGGAAAAAACAACAGUGCCUUUACAUUUGAUAGAGAAUUGGAACAGGCAAAUUUCUAAAUGGAAAGAUGACGACAAAAUGUUUUUAAAAACGCAUAACUUUACAGCAAUGCUAAAAAAAGUUAGAGACCAGCCGUACGUGACAUUCGUUGGAGCUCCGGGUUCAGGUAAAACGGCAACAGCUCGUCACAUCGCCCUAAUACUGCAACAGGAGGGGUACCAAUGCUUACCAAUAACCGAAUCAAGCAAAAUUGAGGAAUAUUGUGAUCCAGAAAAUCCACAAGUGUUUGUAAUAGAUGAUGUGGUAGGCUUCUUGGGGUUUGAUUGGAGUUCUUUUUCUACUUUGAGAAAAUAUAAAGAAACACUUAUCAAUCCGUCAAUGCCAAAAACAAAAGUUCUUAUGACGUGUCGAGAAGUCGUGUAUAGAAAUAAACAAGCAUCAAACUCUUUUUUAACUAAAGAGGAAAAUGUAGUUUUACUACAAAGUACGGAAAAUGCCUUAAAUGAAAACGAUAAACGUGAAUUACUGUCACGGUAUCAGUUAGGAAAAGAUAUCAUAUGCAAAGUUGAGCUGGGAUCAACAUCACCUAUGCUUCCAUUGUUAUGCAAGCUCUUUUCAAAAAAGGACAAGUCUAAAGGAUACCGUCCAUCAUUUUUUACAUCACCCGUCCCUUGUAUUUUAGAAGCUUUAGAUGAAAUGAAAGCAACAAACGAUGUCCAUUAUGCGUCAUUGGUUUUGUUGAUGGCCUGGCAAAGCCCACUCUCGAUAGAUUCGUUAGAAGAUUCAAAAAGUUCUGAAAAAGAAGAUUUUGAGGAGAAAAAAAGAGAAUUUCUAAAGGCAUGUAAAGUUAGCAGUUUGACAGAGAACUUUAUAUUCGUUGAUGCUUUGUCAGAAAUGGAAGGAACAUACACCGUAAAGAAUGACAAACAAAUCAAUUUUAUUCACGAUUCCAUGUUUGAAAUUAUAGCAUAUCAUUUCGGUCGAGAUUUUCCAGAGGUGAUAUUGAAGAACUUGAAUAAUGAUUAUAUUGCAAAUUAUAUCCAGAUAGACUCGAGCAACAGUAGAAAAAGGAAAAGAGAUAGCGAAGAAGAAACAGAUCAAACCGUUAAAGAAAACGAUUCAGUUACGGAACAAAAAUAUGUUAAUGAUUUGUGUAUAAAGUUGAAGGAGUCGCAAUGCCCAAUGCUUGCUGAACAUUGGCAUAGAGCCGCAUUUGUGGGGGAUUUGUUUGCAGCUUUUGGAAAUGUAUCGAUGAAACACCCAUAUGUAUUUCAGCCUUUCAUAAGGAUGAUUGAAGACCAUCCGUAUGCCAUGCUUGAUUUAAUAUUUCUUGCGAGCUUGGAAAAUGAUAAUUUUGUGUAUAUCACAGUAUUUGGUUCCCUUUUAAAGAAUUUGAAACCGAAUCAUGCACAUGCUUUGUUAACUGGGUCCAUGAGGAUCAAUAAAGGUGUUCUUUUCGGCGUUAAGGGGAUCAGCUUUGUUAUUUACUAUGGACAUCACCAAAUUCUUCAGUGCAUAAUAGAUCGAGUUAUCAGAGAGAAAAAAAACCUCGAUGAUCUAUUUGAAAAUGAAUAUACAGAAGGAUUUGAAAUGGAUGAUAAUGAUGAAGAUUGUGAAGAUCCAGACAGUAACACAAAUGUAACAGACAGAGAUUGUGAUACCGAUAGCAAUUUAGAAACUACCUUUUACUUGAAACAAGUUUCAAUGGAACAAAUCCGGCUGGUUUGUCUUGGAUGUCAUAGCGGUGAUCUAACCACUGUGCAGAUAUUGCUAAGACAUGUUGAUAUAAAUGCACUAAACAUUACAGACAAUACAUAUAAAGAAAACAAUCCAUUGGCUAUAGCAAUAAAGCUUGGUCAUUUGAAAAUCGCAAUGGAAUUACUAAAAAUUAAGGCUGAUGUUGAUUCGAACAUUUUCGAAUAUUCACCACUUAUUGGUGCUUGCAAAUAUGGACACAUUAGUAUAGUUGAGGAGUUGAUAAAGAAUGAAACUGAUGUUAAUUUAAAAUGUAAGAGUCUGAACGGAGGUUGCAUAACACCACUUAUAAUGGCAUGUCAAAGAGGACAACUUCGUGUAGUUGAAGAGCUAAUAAAAUCAGGAGCCGAUGUCAAUCUAGCUGGAAAAGAAACACCUCUUACAGCCGCAUGUCUGAACGGACAUUUAGAUAUUGUUGAAAUCCUUCUUGCAGCGAAAGCUGAUAUUAAUUUAGGAAAUGAAGAGAAGAAAACACCCCUUGAAAUAGCGCGUGAAAGAGGACAUUUAGACGUAAUAAACAGGUUAACAAUAGUUCACUAACUUACUCACGGGUAAUUGUGUACAUAAUCGCAAAUAUUACCCGUUUAUGUAAAGUUUUGUGAUGUGCUAUAUUCAGACGCUAAAAGCAAAUAAUAUCGAACUUAAUGGACGAUAAAAUUUACAAGUCACGGUUACAAAUAAUGGGAAUGAGACGUGAUUCUAUGAAUGUAAGCUGUAGUUUAAGGAACUUUUUUUUUAACAAAGGUGUGUCUUGUUACGUAACUUUUCAAAUGUACACGUUAAAAAACGUGGUAGGUUUAAGAACAAGCGUUAUAUUUUUAGUCAAUAAUGUAUGUUCUGUUAUAUAUAUUAGCAUUUUUUCGAACAUGGAAAUCUAUUUUUGGUCAGAUUUUGUUUCAAAAAAAAGAAACUUACCUGCACAACAAUUUUUACAUUAUUUACAUUCAAUGUCUAUU